AUGGCGGACGCGGUUCCUGUGCCCCAGUUUCGGCCAGUUACACACCUGAUAUUUGACAUGGAUGGACUGCUUCUGAAUACUGAAGACUUAUAUACUGAGGUAUUUCAAGAAAUAUGCCAUCGCUACGGAAAGCAAUACGAUUGGGAUGUCAAGGCCCUGGCCAUGGGAAAGAAGGCUCUAGAAAGUGCAGAGAUCAUAGUAGAGGUCCUGAAGUUACCCAUGUCCAAAGAAGAGCUUUUGGAAGAAAGCCAGGCGAAGCUGAAGGAGAUUGUGCACACAGCUUCGCUCAUGCCAGGAGCUGAUAAGUUGAUCCACCACCUGCGGAAAAACCACCUACCGUUUGCCCUGGCCACCAGCUCCGGGACCCUCUCCUUCCAAAGGAAGACCACUCAACACAAGGCAUUCUUUGGUUUAUUUAGUCACAUUGUUCUGGGAGAUGAUCCUGAGGUUCUGUACGGCAAGCCAGCCCCAGACUUAUUUCUUACCUGUGCCAAGAGGUUUUCUCCUCCCCCUGAUCCAGAAAAAUGUCUUGUCUUUGAAGAUUCUCCAAAUGGAGUAGAGGCAGCUGUGGCUUGUGGCAUGCAGGUGGUCAUGGUACCUAAUGAAAACCUGCGCAUAGAGCUGACCAAAAAAGCCACCUUGGUGCUGAGUUCACUGGUAGACUUCGAACCUGAAAUGUUUGGUCUACCUGCUUAUGAGUGA